GGGGUCGCAAGCGCAGAGCGCUGGUUGACGGUUGGGACUCCAUUUUGUUCAUCGCUCGUCUGCUCGGCAGUCGCUCGUCUCCGUGGCUUCUCCGAGGCGGAAAGUUGGAACAGCGGCCGAAGUUUUGAGGACUCGGCCCGAGCUCGGUCAGUGAGUGUCGUGCAGACGAGCAAAGCAGCGGAGAUGCGGCCCCUGGACGCAGUGGAGCUGGCGGAGCCCGAGGAGGUGGAGGUGCUGGAGCCCGAGGAGGACUUCGAGCAGUUUCUGCUGCCCGUCAUCCACGAGAUGCGCGAGGACAUCGCGUCGCUGACGCGCGAGCGCGGACGCGCGCCCGUGCGCAACCGGGGCAAGCUGUGGGAGAUGGACAAUAUGCUGAUCCAGAUCAAGACGCAGGUAGAGGCUUCUGAGGAGAGCGCUCUCAACCACCUGCAGGGCGCGGCUGGCGCCGAGCCCCACGACCCCAGGGCGGAGAAGGCCGACGAGAAGGCGCAGGAGAUGGCGAAGAUGGCCGAGAUGCUGGUGCAGCUCGUGCGGCGGAUAGAGAAGAGCGAGUCUUCGUGAGCGGGCCGCGGUUUCCAGCCAAUGGAUUCUGGUUGAGUGAUGGCGAUUGGCUGACAUGACACCCUGGAGAAGCUGAAACCAGAGAGCCUUUUGUUUUCCUUUUUUUCCUUUCUUUUCUUUUUCUUUUUUUUUUCUUCUUUUCUUUCUUUUCCCCUCUGUCUUCACUCUGUUCUCAUUGACACUACGUUUCUGCUAUGGUCUGCGGUUGACGACCUCGAUAUGAGUUUUUGAUUAUUCAGUGGUUCCUUUUUUUGUUUGUUUGGGGGAAAUAACUUUGAUUUGGAAAAUGUGCUCACAUACGGGAAUUAGGGCCUAGAUUGUAAGCCCUGUGGCAGUUGAAUAACGUUCAUUCCUGGCCUUUGGUUGUUUGUUGUUCCUGAAUUUUGAGGUGCUUUGCUCUUUCUUGGGUGACCUGAUAGCUCCCUGAACUUUGGGUCCCUGUGACACUUGAGACUCGAGACUCGGAGUUGUAGCUCACCGCCUCUGAAAGUUCUGAAGGAGAUUUCGUUAAUUCUAGAAGACUCGGUGCAGCAAUGGCAGAAGAAGGGACCAGACUUCAUCUGGGACUGUGGAUGGGCCUUACAUGGCUAGGACUGAUGACCUGGAAGAAGGGUCGGAAGAUAGUAUUGUUUCUAUUGGGGGACUUUAAUUUCUGUGUGAGACCAAAGGAGGAGAGAUGUAUUUUGUGCAAAAUUUAAAUUUUAUGUGCUACACUAUCUAUUGUAACCUGCCUGAUGAGUUUGUUGGGACAGCCUAACUCAUUUCUAAAUGAAAUGGAACCCAGUAUGGGCAAUGAGGUCUUGUUAGUCUGUACAAAUUGGUAUUCCCAUAUAUUUGAGGAGAUCCUGGGCAUAAAAUGAAAGAUCCUCGCAAUACCCUUUGUGGGCUGGGAAGGAAAACCUGCAGUGGACCCAAAACUUAAAAGAAGAGGCGUCUUCAAGGUUCAUAUGUAGUCAAGCUAUAAAUGUAUGAGUGGCAGACCUGAUAAGCAUUUGAGGACAAAACCCUUACCAUGUUGAAAACAAAAUCUUACAUGUUAAUAAAAGUAUUCGUUUGCUUGAAAA